AUCGUUGAAGGGUUUCUAAAUAGGAAAAGACAUGGGACUUGAGGUCCGUGGCCUGUUGACCAAGUUGGAGAUAGGGGCCUGUGGAAACAUGAAGAGGGUAAGCAUCUGUGUGAAGAGUGAUGAACAUGUCCUGGAAGAGCUGGAAAUAGAAGGGGAAAGGCAGCUGAAAUGCCUCCUUCAACAUCAGCUUGAUACUUCUGUCUCCAUUGAGGAAUGUAUGUCUAAGAAAGAAAGCUUUGCUCCUGGUACUGUGUACAAACCCUUUGGGAAGGAAGCAGCUGGGACCGUGACUUUGUCCCAGUUCCAGACACUGCAUGAAAAGGACCAGGAAACUGCUUCUCUCAGGGAACUAGGACUUAAUGAAACAGAAAUCUUGAUCUGGAAGAGCCAUAUUUCAGGUGAAAAGAAAACAGGACUGAGGGCAACUCCUGAAGCAAAGAACCGUCUUCAAGAUAUUAAAGAAAGGAUCUCAGAGCGUCAGCGCAUCCUUUGCCUGCCCCAGAGAUUUGCAAAGAGCAAACAGCUCACUUGA